AUGCCUACCAACACCAGCCACUUCACUCUGGACAGGGCUGAAAAGGACAGGUGUUACAGAGGCCCAGACAGAGACGUCGGGGAGGAAAGUAAAACCCCAAAUGCACACUGCAGGGAGAUCCUUCUUCAGCACUUGAAGGACUGCAGAACACAGGGCGGCGAUCAGGAGAAUUCACACAGCGCAGGCGAGGCCUCGGAGCUGGGGGGAAACCUCACAGCCGAGACACCCGGCGGCCACUCCCGGCUUUGCAAAGGGCCCCGGCCUCCCUUCGCCACCCCGGUUCUGCCCACGCUGGUGGUCUUCGCGCCCCACGCCCUUCUCUUCCUGGGGCCUCUAGGCACGAAGCAGCCUGGAGACGCACGUGUUCGGCUGGGCUACUUCAGCUCCUGCUCCACUUUCACAAGGAACUCACCGCCGCACAGCGGCAAAGCCGUGCGGUUCACGUCAGACUCGGGAAUCCGACUGCCCGGUUCCCACCCAAGGAAUUACCAGUUACUCUGGGAUCGUCUCUGCGGGAAGUUCGCGUCCAUGUCUAGGAAAGUAGGAACAUCCGGGUGUGGUGACACAACUGCAGCUCCAGCACGGAGAGGCGGAGGCAGGAGGAUCCGGUCAGUAACGCAAGACCAACGCUCAGCAAUCAGAGAAGAAAAACGUCUGCGCCUGACGGAAAGAAGAAAACCAACAGGCCUUGAAAAGGGAGUGGCGGCAAUCAAGGAUGACAGUGAGGCUUCUCCCCAAACUGGUGAAGCAGUACUACUUUUAAAGUACGUGGAACAAGCGCAAGGUCCACCCAAAGAAGCGCAGCAAGAGGUGACCAGAAGCGGUAGUGAAGGGCGCGACAGGACAGUCUCGAGGCGUGUCCGGCUGCUGCAGCCUGAAUCUGCCGCGUCCCUGCGAGGAGAGAGCGCUCCCGAAGGUGAGGACACAACUCAAACACGAGCCGCGGAGAUGAAGCCGCAAAGCUGCUCACCAGGAAAGCAGGACCUGCAGCACCCUCCCGAGCUACCUAUGUCCUCGGGUGGUCCCAGCAGGGAGACACGGGCUGCUCCUCAGCUCAGCAGCAGCGGAUCGCACUCAGAGUCACACAGUCCCCUCAGCGCUCGCGCUGUCUCCCAACCCGCCUGCCCCUCAGCCCGGGCGCCAAACCUCUCACUCCGCGCUCGUUCCGGCCUUUUCACUCCGCUCUCACCUGUCACGGUGGACUCGCCUGUUCAUCUCGUACUCCCGAACAGAAAGUACUGCAGUCAAGUAGGAUUCCGUGAACGACUCUUUCCCCCGAAACAGGGGAAGCCUGGGAACGUGUGUACACAGUCCAGCCAGGGUCUCGCUAAAUCGCUCAACGGCCCAGGCCGCGAGAGCCUAUCGUCCCCGAGUGUGGGGAUCGCUGACCACGCCCGACUGAAGCGCGCUUUAAAAAGUACGGAAUAUGCACAAGGUGUGGCGCGCGCUCCGCCCACCGGGCUGGGCGCUCCGGCAGGAACCCUCUCUCCAACACCUCCUCUUACAGAAUGCUUCGCUCCUUCCUUCAAGCUGCAGCGAAAGCGCGCCUCUGAUAUUGGCCUGUGGAGUAAAGGCUGGUUAGAGAAGACACCAAGCAGGCAGGAACGGUACAAAGAGACAAAAGCGGAAGUCAAAGUCUUCACACUGUCAGCAGAAGAUCAUUCAAAAUUAAAGCAAGGAACUUCGCAAAGUAAAGUGAAACGCAUGCCGGCAGACAUUACUCCAAUUUGAAUAAUUACUGAUGAAUGAGGCUUAACUACUGAUCCAGGGCAUUAAAAAAGGAUUUUUAUGCGUAAGUAUAAAAAUAUUUUAUGUUCUGAAGCUUUCACUUUUGAAGUAGUCUCUUGAAAGGAAUGUCAACAGAAAAUUAAAGAGGUUUCAAAAUUUCCCAUUAGACUAUGACUUUUGGUAAAGAUGAGUGGAAAUGGCUUGUAAUUGUUACAUUACUGGAAGUAUGAAUAAUAAUGUGGUAAUACAGGAAAGUAUGGGGAAUAUGGGGUAGCAUGGGAAAGUAUACACUAAUUCAAAAAAA